GAGAGAGAGAGAGGAUCGACGGCGCAAGAGCGAAACGGAAAAUCUGUCUUCUACAAUAAGUAUCCAGAUCAGUCUCCGUGUCAGUCUGAAGCUGUUUGUACGGACACAUUUGGCACAUUCAGCACUAUAAGAUUUUGAUCUUUAGUGCUGAAGUAACGGUUUUAGGUGCAAAUCGAGCAGAACGAGAUGUUUGUAUAUAAGGGUUAGAAGUGGAAUUUGGAUAGCCGAAGUCUUGGGCGUAUCUCCACUUGUGUUCAUUUAUUGUCGAACUGAAAAACAGCCGAGGCUGAGCGCAUCUGAUCUUCCCCGAGCGCGCGGUGCUGAUGAGGGCUUUGUCGGCGUGAUCCGUGCGCGAUGGCCGCUUCGGGCGGACAGAAGAGUGAGAAGUUAGAUGAAGCUCAGGCUCUAGCGAGGAGUUGCGCGGGGAGACCGGACUUUCUGCCCUGUGAUGGACUAUCCAUCUGCGCCACACACAGUCACGGGAAGUGUUUCAAGCUGCACUGGUGCUGUCAUCUGGGCUGGUGCCACUGUAAAUAUGUCUACCAACCUAUGACCAGUGUAUGCCAACUUCCCAGCACGCUGGUUCCAGUUGCCCCCUCAGGUCACACCCACACCAUGAACCUGUCCAUCUCCCUGGCUGAGCGCUUUCUCAGGACAGCCCCCAAGUUCCAGGCUCCACCCUGCCCAGAGUCGCCUGAGUUCUGCGUAAUCUCUGACCUCUUUGUGGAUGAUUACAUGGUCAAACGUAUCAACGGUAAGAUGUGUUAUGUGCAAAGGCCGCCUCCACCUACACCAAAUUCUACACACCAACCCCAAACGGCGGCAACUCAACCUGCACCCCAACGUACCAACAAGCACAUACGGCAGGUCGGCCCAACUAUUAAGCAUGGCCAACCAAACGAGAAGAUCGCAGGCCCUAAAAUGGACCACUGCUCCUCUCCCUCCAGCUCAGAAGACUCUGGAAUCAAUGCAUUUGGUCUGCACUACAUGGAAUCAUGCGAUGAAGACUUCUUUGUGGAUGAUGAUGAUGAGGAAGAAGAGGAUGAUGAGCUGAGUACCGAUGGGGACUCCAGUCCUGGUAGCCUCUGGGACCAGGAUGAGUGCACUUUACUGUCACCGUCCAAAUCAAUGGUUGAGAUCAUUGAGAAGAUUGAGACAACGGUUUGACGUGCCUGUCAGUUAAUACCACAGUUGGAAUUCCUCAGUCUCGGAAACACUUCCCUACACUAUCCUACUUGCAGGUGCAUGCAUUCAGUGAGCCAGUGCAAGCACAUGCUCCCUGUUAUGGCAGUACCAUCCGAGGUUGUCCCAGAAGAACCCUCGAGAGAUGAGUUAUGGCAACUCUCUCCUGUACUUACUAAAACUCUCAUUUUCCCUCUAGUCCCUUAUGCACGGUGAGGCUAAUGUAGGUUACACACAAGUAAAUGUGCUGACAAAGACAUAUCGUGAGAACUUUGACCAAAUGGGACUCGAUAGAUGAAUAUUUAAUGGAUGAACAGAUUUAAGAAAGUCACACUCAAAAAUGAGGCUAUGUCUCUCCUUAGAGGGAUCAGACACACUCUGUCCAAUGCAUAGAAACGGAAGAGGGCAUGGCUGAUGCAAUAUGGAAAGAUCUAGACUAAGAUGGUCUGUUUGUGUUAGGAGGAUGGAGAGUGCUACAAAGAUAGAAGGAGAAAGAGUGAGGGAGAGAGAGAGUCUUUCAACAUCCUCCUGUUAGGAGAAUCUGUCAGAACAGUGGCUAAAUCAUGCAUGAGCUCAGAGGAUGGUAAUGAAACUUUGCGAUAAAAAGAGAUUGAGGCUCGUGCUUGAAGGAAUGCCCCUUUUCUCAAACUCUCUCACAUGCAGAGAUUCCUUGGAGGCAGUCAAGGGUUCAUUACCAGACAUUUCUUGUCUGGCACCAGACUGUGGGGUGGACCAAUCCUCCCAUCGUCAUAGUCCUCAAAGUUUGUGGCUUUUUUAGGAGUGGAAAACAACUUUUUGACAAUCAGUUAUAGAAAAAGUAGGUUUAAGAUAAAUUCUGCAAUAAAAGGAAUAAAAUUGCGUUGUUCAUCCCCCAAGAGUCCCACUGUGGUCUAUGUUCCAUUCUGUCAAGCGCCUGUACUACUUUGAAGUACUUGGCACAUCAUUGACAAAGCCAGAGGACUGCUUAGAGGCCAUUCACACAAGAUGCGUUUUUGUGUCCAUCUGCCCUAUUUUUUAAUUGUUGGUCAACAUAAAUGUUACUGUAAACAGAUGCUAUUGUUCCUCUCUGUUUUCCUUACUGCUGCAUUUUAAGGGAUAGUUCACCCAAACAUUACAAUUCGGUCAUAAUUUACUCACUGUUAUGUUUACACAAACCUUUAUGGCUUUCUUCUGUAAAAGAUUUUGAGAUUAUUUUGAGAAAUGGUUUUGUAUGUAUUGUAAAUGUAAUUUGGAAGAUGGUUUUUGCAAAACUACUUACAUUGUAUCAGGUAAACAUUGUAUCAAACCCAUAACCUAGACAUUGAUGGAAGCAUGCCUGAGCUAUAGGAAUUAUAGCUUUCAGGUCAUUUCUGUCGCCCCUGUCUAGCUGUAUUUAAUGCAAGAAUGCACUCUACAGUAUGUGAAGGGCCCCUUAGUGUCCCUUUGAGAUCUUCACUGGCUAGAACAAUUUCAUUUUUUAAGGGUUUAAGAACAUUUGUCCCAUUCAGACUUGCCAUAACAUCUCUGGAUCUUUUUUCAAUCAUUGUAUUCAAAUUUAUCUUAUUAUAUUAAGAAAGAUAUGUUAACUACCGAAGCACAGUUAUAGACUAGCCCAAAAUUUAAAAAAACAAAAAAAACAAAAGUCAAGUCCAGCAUGUCAAGAAUUGCUUCUUAGCCUUGGUUUAAGCACAUGAAGCCAUUGCUAUCACUGCUGAGGUGGAAUAAAGGGAUUACA